AUUCUCUCUUCUAUUCUCUCUUCUACCCUCUCUCUCUCUCUCUCUCUCAAUGGCUCCUCCCUUCCACCCUCUGGCCGUCCCGGCCAAGAAAACCGCCCUGUUAAUCCUCGACCUCCACAAAUUCAUCAUCUCCCACAACCCAACCGGCGAGAGCGUGGUGCUCAACGCCGUGAAGCUCCGCGCCUGGGCAAAGGCUCAAGGCAUGCUCGUCGCGCACUGCCUGAUCGAUUUCAAAGCCACCACCCCCGAGAACCGCAAGAUGGCCGCCCGCUUCAACGGGGUGCGCGACGAGAUGGGCUCGGCGCCCGACAAAUCCGGCGAAGACGAGCGCAUCGCCGCCAUUGCAGACGAAUACGUCUUCUGGAGACCGCCUAGCCAUAUCAGCGCGAUGGGCUCGUACGGGCUUAAAGACUGGCUUGCUGAACAUGAUAUCCAGUCGCUUGUUCUCGUCGGCUUGUCUUCCUCGGGCUGUGUGAUUAAUACCACCAAGGGAGCGGCGGACGCCGGCUGGAUCGUCACGGUUGUCGAGGAUGCGUGUGGAGAUAAAUCGCCGGAAGCACAUGAGGUGAUUAUGAGUAAACUGUUGGUUGGGCAGGCAAAUGUCUUCAAGACGGAGGAGGUGGAGCGGUUUACUUGGUAG